ACUGGCAACCAGGGUAUUUUAGUUCGAAGAAGAUAUGAGCUAUCAGUUGACGAUAAGUCUAUUCUCAGUGCAACUUCCUCAACUUCAGGAUCUACGCGUUCGCAACCACUAGUUAAUGGCUCUUCUGGCAGCUACCUGCCUCAUUCACAUUUCACCAGGGGUAUAGACCCUAUUGGGGAUUCUGAGCCAAUUGCUGCAUCUCCAUUUACAACCAGCGGAGCGCUCAGCGGACUACGCCAUUUUGGGCAACUACGUUCGACUUCUUCAGUUCGCCGGCAUGGCUCUAAUCUAAGAAAUCAUUCCAGGAAUACUUUUGUUACUGUUAACGACUCUUCCUCUGAUGCCCAAACUGCGCCCUAUUUAGAUUUCUCUCCUACUCAACACCGGUGCCAAAAUCCAUCUCAUUUUUCAAGCUCUACUUUAUCGUCCUCCAUUACCUCUUACUAUACAACUUCUUCUCAGGCUGCGCACCAGACAGUGAUAGUUCCUACUAGUCAGUCUGCCCCUAAUGGUGCUAAUGACGGAAUUGCUAAUUCAGAAUGUGAUCAGUCUCCCGAAUCACUAACAGAUAGCGAAAGAUGUCGAGAAAGAAAAUAUGAAUUUGCAGUGGAGAUGCUGAAUAAGUCAGAAGAUGAGCAAGUGACUUUAACUGUCAUCACCUACACCAAGCAUUUUCGGCUCGCCAGCUUUCUGGUCAGUGACCAAAUGGACAGAAACUUCUUAAACCUCUUUCAGAUGAAUCCCUUCUCGCAUUCCGAACUCCAAAACCAUCUGUUACUCCAAUCUGGCCAACAAUCACCGUCGUUUAACCAACUUCAUGCAAAAAAUUAUUGCCAGAGCCCCGGGACCUACUCUGGGGCUAAUGUCUUUGUGAGCGAUGAGAACAAUAUACACAAGCCUUUGAGGUUUAUUAAUAAGGCUAGGUUAGGCCGAUUUCCCUCUAGUUAUUUGAUAGGUCGGAACACAUAUGAUAAGGACGCAAUAGAAAAAUGGGAAAGUAAGAGAACCGAACAAGGCGAUAAUGAACGGGAUGAUGAUACGGAAUUAAAUGGACGGAUGACGAAUAUAUUUCAAAAUAUUUUUGUUUCGAUUGCACCACCACUUCCAGUGAAUGCAAUACCCGUUACUGCUUCGUCCUCAACUAUGCCUUCAAAGCUGCGUUUGCUUUGGUCGGGUAUCUCUACCACCAUUUCAGAGGUAGCUUUCCGGCAUAUUCGCCCAUUUGCUUCAAAGUGUUUUCACUCAAACCGGCCGCACCAUAGUGUCGCCUUUUAUGACAGUCCGGUCUGCUCGGCAGCCUCCGUGAUGCUUGGUUUUCCAGCCGGUAGACUGCAUUCUCCUAUUGUUUCUGCCACCUUGGCCUCCUCCUUGUUAAUGCCUCGAACUGGAACCUUCUUUCUAAGCGCCAGUCUUUCUUCCUCCACUUUACUUUGUUAG